GAUUUUGAAGGUCAAAAAUUGGCCGAAUUUAUUUCUCAAGCAGGAAUCAUCUUAUUUGCGAUUAUUGGAUUUGUUGUAGGAUUUCUUCUUCAAGAUAUUCUCUUGACUUUCCAAAUCUUUGCUGGUGGAAUUAUUAUUACUGCUAUACUUGUACUUCCAUCUUAUCCGAUUUAUAAUCAACAUCCGGUUCAAUGGCUUCCUCCAAUUCAAAUUGAGAAUAAGCAUGAAACACUGGAGCAAAAAGAAUCUCAUUCUAAUGAACCAAUGAAAUGA